ACUUCUUUCCUUCACUUCCUCGUCUGUUGAGGCGAAGAAGGCCUCUCACUGGUUUCCUCCACACUCGGACUGUCGGACACUCCCCCAGGCCCCAACCUUCUCGACCAUAAAUCCAACCUUCUCUUUACCCGGAGGUAUCGGAGAUGGCAUUCAAGCAGGUUUUCUCCGCUCUGCGAGAGCUUUUCCCACAGGUUGAUCUUCGAAUAUUGAAGGCUGUAGCUAGUCAAUAUUCCUCUAAUGUUGAUGCAGCUAUCGGAUUUGUUCUUUCCGAUGUCCUUCCAGCAGUAAGCGAACCUACUGAAACACAUUAUGCACUCCAAGAUAUUGAUUAUGACGAACAUGAUCAUCCUGAUUCUGAGAAGCCUAAAUUAUACUCUGGAAGGAUCUCAUUCGUGGACCGAAGAGCUAGAGAUGAUACUAAUGCCAAAUUUAGUACGUCAGCUGGGAACAGUGACAAUAUUGGUGAAUGUAAUCCAUUAUCUUAUGAUGAACCAAGAAUCUCAUUGGUGGAUCGAGGAGCUAGAGAAAAUUCUAAUGUCGUAUUUAGUACGCCAGUUGAGAGUAGUGGCAUUAUUGGUGAAUGCAAUCAAUUUUCAGGUUAUGAUGAAGCAUUAUUCAGUCACAACAAAAUGGAAGAAUUUUCCCAGAUUGAGGAUAAGGUGGUGAUUAAUGAAACAAGAAUUGAUACAGAAGUUAUGAGCAGCCUUAUUCAGGACCAUUGUGCACAAGUUGGAUCAUCAUCAUCUGCUACUGAGCCACACAUAGUAGAAUAUGAACAGUCUUCUUCAGCAGCAUUUAUUGGUUAUUGUGCAGCUGAAAAAGAUAAAGUGACUCCAAAGACGGAAACUAUUGGCAAGCACAAGCAUUAUAACGAUAAUUAUGAGCUGUCAUGUUUGUUUGCCUCCUCUGGGAGUAUGUUGCCACUAUAUCUGGAGGGCCCUUCAGAUUGUGCACUGAAAUAUGGAGGGUCAGUACCUUCGAAACUUUUUAAUGCUGAAAGUAAACAUGAUUUCUCCAAAUCGAAAGAUAACUAUUAUUUGGAAACUUUGUGUGUGAAUUUUCACUCAAAGGAGGACAGACAAACACCAAAGAACUUGCCAAUUGCUCCAACUGUCCAUAAACUCUCCAAAUCAGAAGAUAGCAAUGACCUGCAAGUUUGGUUUGAAAAGGAAGUGCCUCCUAAGCUUUCUAAAGCUGAAGGCAUACAUUUAUUUUCCAAACCAGAAGAUAAUUCUAAUUUAGAGAAUUUAUUUGUGAAUUUUAGCUUGACCGAAGACACAUACAUAUUAAAGAAUUUGCCAAGUGCUCCAGCUGUCCAUACACAAUCGAAAUCAGAGGAUAAUUGUGACUUGCAAGUUCUGUUUGAAAACAUUGAUAAUGCUGGAAAAGAAUUGGGCAUACUCUGUACUGCAGAAAAUCCCCCUAAACUCCACAAGUCAGAAAAUGAUGGUAGCUUCUACAAUUUAUUUGUCGAACUAUGCACAGCCGAUAGCACAACUCAGGUACCUUCUAAAUUUCAUGGGAAGGAUGAAUUUGAACAGUCUUUGUGCAAGCUUCAUGAUCAACAGAAGUUUUUUGACUUAUUUGUGUCAUUCAAAAUGUCAAAUAGUUCAUUACAUAUGUGUCAAGAAAAGGGUGAUUCACAUACAGUUGAUACUGAAGACCAACCUUCUAUAGAUUUCAAGAAUCAUGGAACUUUUACUAGUAUGUGCAAUUUGGAUGAUGAGUUUAACCUGUCAGAGACAUUAUCUUCCACUCAAAAUGCUUCUAUGUCUAAUCUAGAUUCUACAUGUGAUUUGAGUAAUGAAGCUGAAAGGCGAGUCAUGUGUUCUAAUAUUGUGGAUAAGCACUUCGUAUGCCCGGUUGUUGAGCUUGAUGCAUUUCCACCUAAUGAAAAGAGGAUGAUGCCUGGUGCACAUACAAGUGAGGAAUUUCUCGAUAUCUCUACUCAGUCAUAUCAUAUCACUGAACUAAACAAGAAUAUUUCUGAUAUCACUAAAAGCAAGGAAUUAUUGAGUUCGUUGUAUGAAUCUACAACCAUGAAGAUGAAAGAGGUGCAGCUUCAAGAGGAAAAAUCUCGACAGGCAAACCAAAAUGCUGACAAGGCACAUCAAAAAUUUAUUUCCAUGGUAGAGCACUUUAAUCAGCUCAUUAAAAAAUCCAAAGAGUCAAAUGAUAAGCAAGCUCAAGUCAUGCGCAAAGAAAAAUGUUCAUUGGUGGCUCUAGCUCAGGACCUUCAGUCUCAGCUUAGCAAAUUGUCUGCUCAGAGAGACGAAGCACUUACAACUGUUCAGCAGAUUAAAUUUGAACUAGAUGCACGCCUAGCAACUUCACUGGAAGAAGAGGUCACAGCAGUGGAGAAUAUAUUUCAAGAAGAAAAAUUAGCUCUACAGGUGCGUAAAGAGAAGGAAGCUACAAUGGGGAGUAUAAUGGAAGGGUCAAGAAAGCUUGAAAAGGAAGCUGAAGAAAACAUUUUGUUGAGAAGGAUAUUGUUGGACCGGGGUCGCAUCAUUGAUAUCUUGCAAGGAGAAAUAUCAAGCAUCCAUGCAAAUGUUGUGGCAAUGAAAGAAAGAGCCUGCUCAGCUACUUCUUCCCACAUGGAUGAUUGCAAGAGCGCAUCAAUUGGUAUAGACUGGUGUCUGGGAAACGAUGGGAACAGAAAUGGUCUACCUCAGGAAGAGAUGGUGGGGAGCCAUGCUAAGGACCACACUGCGUCUUCAGACAACGACGAUGACUGCGAUGGUGGAUGGGAGGUGCUGGAAAAAAUUGGAGUCUAGACUGGUUCAGUGUUCAAUAUAGAGUUGAGUCAAUAAGAGGCCGCGCUUUGGCUCACCCAAAACUUAUGUACAACCCCACAGCUGCGGAUGGCAGAAACCAUGCACCAAACUGCUACUGUUGGAAGUUGAAACCUACUGAACUAUGCCGUUGCUUGACCCUUCGUAAAUAUAUAUAUAUAUAGAGACACACACACACACACAAAUAUGAAAAUCUACAUCUGUCAGUAUUUAGUGUUGUAAUUAAUUAAAUAUGUUUGAAUUGAGCAUGUAAAUAAACAUGGAAUGAUGUGCUUAUGUUUGUACAAGAUCAAGUGUGCGUAUUAUAUGUUUGCAAAGAACAUGAUUUGAAUAUAUGCAUGUUACCUUCA